AGUAAGACUCACUCGCACACUGACGCCACUAUGUGUUUUCUGCAACGUGCAAUCUGUUUCGUUGAAGGAAGAGGUCAAGAAACAAACGAUGCAAGAGAUCUGUUUUCUGUAGCAGAAAGCUGAAAUGGUGAAUAGAGGCUCUUCCCAUUACAGGGCUUCUUUAACUUCCAGAUUUCUCCCAAGAAAACCUUCCCCUUCUGCAAUCACACUUUACAUUAUCUCUCUCUUUGCUUUCUCCAUCUUCAUAUUUCUGUUCAAUACAAGGAAUAUCUUGGAGGAAGAUGAACAAAAACCAAAUUUCUCUGGAGAGUUACUGUCUGAGCAGAUUCCUGAAGAACAACUUUGGGAUGCUCCUUUCAGCUAUGGGUUACAGUCAUGUAUCAAGCCUACUGCUAAAUAUAAAGCUGCCCAUGGAUCAGACCGCUAUAUAACCGUGCGAAGUAAUGGGGGAUUAAAUCAAAUGCGCACUGGUAUAUCUGACAUGGUGGCUGUUGCACGUAUAAUGAAUGCAACCCUAGUUGUUCCUCAACUAGAUAAGCGUUCAUUCUGGAAAGACUCUAGCACAUUUUCAGAUAUAUUUGAUGAGCUUCAUUUCAUUGAAAGCUUAAAAAGAGACGUCAGGAUCGUGAAGGAGCUCCCAAAGAAUUUAGAAGCUUUUCCUCGGGCCAGGAAGCACUUCACUUCCUGGUCUGGUGUUGGUUACUAUGAAGAGAUGAAACAGUUAUGGAAGGAAUAUCAGGUAAUUCAUGUUGCAAAAUCGGAUUCUCGUCUUGCUAACAAUAAUCUGCCUCUUGAUAUACAGAGAUUGAGAUGCCGUGCUCUGUAUCAUGCACUUCGCUUCUCUCCCCCAAUUGAGAGCCUUGGAAAGAAGCUGGUUGAGCGGCUGAGAACACGAGGGGGAAGAUAUAUAGCUCUUCAUCUGAGAUACGAAAAAGACAUGCUGUCUUUUACGGGUUGUACUUAUGGACUGACUGAUGCAGAAUCUGAAGAGCUGAGAAUUAUGAGGGAGACCACGAACCAUUGGAAGGUCAAAGAGAUAAACUCAAGAGAGCAGAGAAUAGGAGGCUUUUGCCCACUAACUCCCAAGGAGGUUGGGAUAUUUCUUCAAGCUCUUGGUUAUCCUCCAUCAACCUUAAUUUAUAUUGCAGCUGGAGAAAUUUAUGGUGGUAACACUCGCCUUUCGGAGCUCAUGUCCUACUUCCCAAACAUAGUUUUCAAGGAAGAACUUGCAACCAAGGAAGAAUUGGAAGCAUUCACUGGUCAUGCGUCUCAAACUGCAGCACUUGAUUACAUUAUCUCUAUAGAGAGUGAUGUGUUCGUCCCUUCAUAUUCUGGUAAUAUGGCAAGAACUGUUGAAGGGCACCGCAGAUACUUAGGUCACCGGAAAACCAUUAAUCCUGACAGGAAAGGUCUUGUCAAAAUUUUUGAUAAGCUGGAAACCGGACAGCUUAAAGAAGGAUCCUCAUAUUCAUUUCUUGUGCGCCAAAUGCAUGAGAACAGGCAGGGAGCUCCAAGGAAAAGAAAAGGUCCAAUGCAGGGAAUUAAAGGCCGAGCGCGUUUCAGGACGGAAGAAUCCUUUUAUGAAAAUCCAUACCCUGAAUGUAUAUGUAGUUCAAAAGGAAGGCCUGAAUGACAUAAAGCCAUGACUGUACCAUUACUAGAUUUAGUGUGGAUUCUUUUUGGUUCCAUAUACCCUUUGAUUAUAGUCAUUCAUAUCAAGAAAAAGUUUUGGUAAA